AUGACUGCUAUGCGGUGGGAACGGGCGUGGCGGUUCAGCAUAGUUUUGGCGUUUCUGCUGGUGCGACAUGUAAGUACCACGGCUUUGAGUGUAAGCACGGAGAAACCCUCUACAUCAUACAAAAGCAGCGAUGAUAAGUAUAACUUUGUUGAUGUGGCGCAGCAACAAGGCGAAUUCUUCCAAGGUGAUACCGCCCAGACAACGCGUUACUAUACCUUGGGCGAAGUGGAUGAGAGCUUUUGGUUGGAACACCUAGGAGAUGACUUCAAGAAUGCCAUACACUUGCAGAUGGACGGUGAAGAGCAAUGUAAUGGUGUCUUUAAUAUGAGCGAAAAUGGAUCCGCUUACAAAGUGCAAGAGGAACCCACAAACGAUCUAGUGCUAGAAAACGAAGUGAGUUUACCCACCACCAAUGACAUAAAAGUUGAGAAAAAAAGUAAAAGCAAGACGAAAGGCGAAAGUAAGAAGUCAGGAAAGAUGCGGCGAAAAUCGAGACCUGUACCAAAGACUCAGAUCCCGGAAGAAGUUGUUGCAACGCCUAAGAACGCUACCACAACUGGGGAGACGGGGGGUCAGGUAGAAUCCACUUCAGAAGCAUAUAUUAUUAAUGAGGACCAAAGCUACACCGAAGCUCCGUACAAAGUGGACUUGAAAAAGUAUGCGAAAUUUCAACAUAUUAACUUAAAAUACGAGCCGAAAGCUAAUACAACAACACAAACAAAAAAUAGUACCUUAUUAGAAAACAUGGCAACGACGAAUGAGCCGAUUGAGGAGACACCUAUCGUCGUAAAUUUGCCUGAAUCAAAAAAAUUAAUUGAACUGGAAACGAGCGAUACGGCUGUGGUGGUGAAGAUACCGCCGGUAAUCUAUCAUAGUGAACACACACACUUGCAAACACAAGCCACAUUACCGCACCCAGCAGAGGAGCCAGCACAUACUGACAACAGAGUUGACAAUGUACUGUACACUCAAUAUUCAUACCCACAAAUGACAUAUGAACAACAGCAACACUACCUUCAACAACACCUACAGCAGGCUCAAAAUAAACUCCAAUCACAACAACACCUACAGCACACAAAUUUCUACCAGCCCCACCAACAGUCACAAUAUCCAGUGCAAAUGCAACAAACACAAUACCAAGAAACAUCACUAUACGAUCAGCCAGAGCAGCAUGAAUACCAACAAUACUCAAAGCCAUACAUUUCCUCGAAUUAUUACUAUGGCGGUUCAUCUUCUUACCACAAUAAUGGCAUAUAUCCCACCACACCCACUACGGUCAACAUUCAUCAUAAGCCCAAUGAACUAGAGUCCAACAGUAAUGGCAAAUAUUAUUACAUGAUUUCUAAGCGCUCGGUCGGAAUAGAAAAAUCACCAGCAGCGCACGAAGAAGCUAGCGCACCAAAAACUCCACCCAAGCAGGCCACCAGUUCGGAAAAUAGCCGCGUCACCCGUGAAGAUCUGUACCAGGAAGGCUUGUGA